CUGAAGAUGUGCCCGACUUGCUUUCCGAUGCCAAAGACGAGGAACCGUUUGUCGGCAAACUAUAUGCGACCAAGCAGGAUUGUCAAAUUGGCCUUGCUAUCUAUGCAAUCAAGGAGCAGUUUUAUUUCAGGCAAACAAGAACCUCGAGGCAUUCUUUUGUGCUCAGUUGCCACGAUGUCCGGUGCGAUUGGCGGAUACUAGCAAAAGAGCUUACCAAUUGUGGUUAUUACACUAUCAAGAAGGCCCAGCUCGUUCACACCUGCACUAUUGACACCCGCAACCUAUACAGGAAGAAGGCCACUUCCAAGGUCAUUGCACAUGUGUACAAAUCUCGCUACAACGAACCCAUCAACGGACCCAAAUCUGCACAACUACAGACGAUGAUCUUGGAAGACCUACGCGUCUCUGCGUCAUACAUGAAAUGCCACAGGGCGAAAGAACAAGCUGUUGAGGACACCGUUGGAAACGCUGAGGAUUCUUUCCUCAAUCUGGAAGACUAUUUUGAGAGGCUCAAGGCUACAAACCCAGGCACGGUUACUGCAAUUCAAACAGAGCUUGAUAUUGAAGGCAACACACGGUUUCUGUAUGGCUUCCUCUCUUUCGGUGCUUCCAUCCAGGGCUUCCGCAAGCUCCGCCACGUUCUUAUCAUUGAUGGUACACACCUGUCUGGAAAAUACAAAGGGGUCCUACUCACCGCUAGCGGACAAGAUGGGAACUUCCAAGUGUUCCCUCUGGCUUUUGCUGUUGUCGAUGGCGAAACAGAGGAUGCGUGGACUUGGUUCCUGACAAAGCUUGAACGGAUAAUUGCUGACUCAACAAACCUCACCAUCAUCUCAGACCGAGCCGCAGCUAUUAUCAAAGCCAAGCGAACAGUCUUCCCUAUGUCACACCAUGGAGCAUGCAUUGUCCACUUGAUGAGGAAUGUUGUCAGCCGUUACAAAAACAAAGGGCUUGCGAAAAUGGUGUGUGAGGCUGCUUUCUCUUUCCGACGCAGAGACUUUGAUGCAAACUUUGCAAAAAUCAAACAAGCCAAUGGCGCCUGCGCCCUAUACCUUGAAGGCAUUGGCACUGCUAAGUGGUCUAGGACUUACUUCAAAGGGGAACGUUACAACCUUCUGACCAGCAACACAGCAGAGCAGCUCAACAACGCUCUCAAAUUGUCACGGCCUUCACCUAUCAUUGAGUUAUUCAUGUUCAUCCAACGCAUGUUGACUCGGUGGUUCUCUGCUAGACGAACCAAGUCAGCUAAGUGCAGAGGUUUUGUAACAACUGAGGUUGAGAAGGUAAUGCAGACACAUAUCAGACUCACUAAAGGAAGCAAAAUUGCAAACAUAACAGACUGGAGCUAUCAGAUCAGGGGACUCUUUGGUCAUCCUAACACUGUCUCUCUAGAAAACAAAGUCUGUACCUGUCAGGUUUUUCAGAAGCUUAAAAUUCCCUGUGGCCAUGCUCUCCUCGCUGCUGACUCCAUUGGCCUCCCCUAUGUUAACCUGUUUGGUGAUUACUACAAAACUCAGACCUGGAGAGACACUUAUGCUGGUGUCAUAUACCCUGAAGCCCCUCCAGGCGACUUGCCAAUUGGAGACUUGCCUAUUGGAGACUUGCCCAUUCCAGAAGAAGUGACAACCGUCACUUUGCUCCCUCCACAAACUCGUCGUCCAUCUGGACGCCCAAAGGAGGGACGUAUACCAUCAACUGGAGAGAUACCGGUUCCCAAGAAAAAGAAACUCACCCAGAACAAGUGCGGCCGCUGUGGACAAACUGGUCACAACCGCACAAACUGUGUGGUCCCAAUCUGA